ACCUGCAAUGGCGUCCCCGCCGCCUGGGUCCCUCCGCCAAAUCAUUCCGGGCGGGACGAGCAACUCAGAGGUCAACUGAUGGUCUCUUCAUGAUCCAAUGGAAGGGAAUGUAGAUCAGUGGAGAAGGGAAGGACAGGACUGCCAACUCUCACGCAUUGAGCUUGACUCGCGCAUUUCACAAAAUUCUCAUGCUCUCACGCUGAUCACAAAAUUUCUCACGCUCAAAUAUCUGCGGGUGCUGAAAGUUCAAAUUAAAGCAAAAAUUGUUUCAGAGUCUUUCUUCCGUAGGUUUCUUCAAUUGGUGGACAUCUUGGAUCCUACAACAUUACUCGCAUCAAAUAAGGAAAUAGAAAAUGCUCACACUCUACUUCAGAGCAGCCAACUGAAGGAAGUGGUGAAAGAUGAGAAGAUUAAAGAAGCUGUGAAACUUACCCUGUCUUCAGUUCAUCCAGACACGGGGAAUGUGCUGCCGACAGUGUUCCGUGUUUCAGCAUUCGCACCAUUUGCUAGUCCUUUGAUUAUAGCAAUACUUCUGCCUCACAAGAGGAUGAAACCAGCUUUGCUUUGCCAGCUUCUCUUUCAGUCAUACAGUGCAGGAUACAACUUGGCAAAUGGAAAUAAAACUACCUGUAAAGAUGAAAAAAUGCCUCUAAAUAAAUUUCUCCUUCUGAUCGGAGCUGUAUCCUACACAACAUGUUUGGGAGUUGUCCCUCAGUUUGUGGUAUCCCGCUACAGUUUCAACAGUCCAGCAAUGUACACUUUCUUCAGAAAGAUCUUGCCCGUUCCUGUACUUGCGAUUGCCAGUGCUUUCAAUGUGGCAGUAGUCCGAGGAUCCGAAUUUGAGAAAGGUGUUGAAGUUACAGAUAAAAAUGGAAAUGUCGUAGGAAUCUCCCAGGCAGCCGGAACCAAGGCAGUUAAAGACACAGCAGUUUCCAGAGCAGUAUUAAUUGGAACCACAGCAGCUGCACCUACCAUGAUUGUCAGCUAUUUACAAAGGACAAAUUUCAUAAGAAGAUUCCCACAUGCUUUAGCUCCUAUUGGCCAUGUAACGACGAUCUUGAUCCUAGGAUUAAUGGUACCCAUUUCCUUCAGCCUGUUUCCUCAGAUGGGGAAGAUAAACAAGAGCAAACUAGAACCUUUAAUUCAAGCAAACACAACGGAAGAUGAACUUUAUUACAAUAGAGGUUUGUGAAAGAGGGCCACUGAAGCUGAUCGCUGGGUUGCUUUCUGCACGAGGAUUAUUUAUUCAUCUGGCAUAUCAUUGUUAAGCCUAGAUGUUUGGCACACAACACAAGUACCUCAGGAGUCCGAUCAUUGCAAAAAUGUUACUUGCUGGUAAAAUGUUUAGAAUAAUGAAUGUAAAACAUUGAGAUCCAUUGUAAUUGAAAUAAACAUUAUGUUUCUCACCUA